UUACCCGCGUUAUAAGCGUAGCUUAACUUUAGCUUCUUUCCUUCGCCGGCCGGGAAACGAGGCCUUUGCCCGCUCUUCACUCUCCUCCGCUCGCCGCCUCCUCUUUCUCCUCUUCUCCUCUCCUCUCUCACGAGGGCCCAAGACCUCACCGCUAAGGUCCCGGUCUCCGCGGGGCUCUCCGUCGCACUUUCUCGUGCCUCGGGGACCCCGAUCCGCCACCGCGCGACCGAUCGUCCCGGAUGCACGGGCCGUACCCGACGGCUGCUGCUGCUGCUGCUUCUUCUUCGGACGACAUGGCGGCGAACGGCAUGAAGGUGGCGCUGCACCGGCAGGUCUCGGGGGGCUCGAUGAAGCAGAACGCGGAGCUCCGGCGCCAGGCGUCGCUCGAGUCCCCGCGGACGGGGCGGGCCACCAGCCGGUUCCUGUUCGGGCGGCAGUCGUCCAUGGACCCGAACCGGAGGCGCGGCCGGAGCCAGAGCCCCGUGCGCGCGCCGGAGGACCUGGGCGUGCCGGACAACCUGGACGCCACCAUGCAGCUGCUCUUCUUCGCGUGCCAGGGCGACGCGCUGGGGAUCGAGGGCCUGCUGCGCAGCGGCGUCGACGUCAACAGCAUCAACCUCGACGGCCGCACCGCGCUGCACAUCGCCGCGUGCGAGGGCCACCGCGACGUCGUCAGGGUGUUGAUCAGCUGGAAGGCCAACAUCGACGCGCGCGACCGCUGGGGAAGCACGGCAGUAGCUGAUGCCAAGUUCUACGGCCACUCCAGGGUCUACGAUCUCUUGAAAUUCCAUGGCGCAAAGGUUCCGAGAACCAAGAGGACGCCGAUGAUGGUGUCGGCCCCAGCCGAGAUACCGGAGUACGAGCUGAACCCCGGAGAGGUCCAGUUCCGGCGAGGCUGUGACGUUACACCGGGUGUGUACCACAUCGCGAAAUGGAAUGGCACAAAGGUUUCCGUAAAAAUACUUGACAGAGACGGUUGCUCCGAUCAAGAAGCCGCAAACUCUUUCAGGCAUGAACUGACUGUACUGGAGAAGGUCCGACACCCUAACGUCGUUCAGUUCGUCGGAGCCGUCACUCAGAGCAUACCUAUGAUGAUUGUGUCUGAACUCCAUGAAGAGAAAGACUUAUCAGUCUGUAUCCAGAAGAAAGGAAAGUUAAAGCCUCAGAAGGUGCUAAGAUACGGCCUUGAUAUUGCCAGGGGCAUGACCUACCUCCACCAGUGCAAGCCGGACCCCAUCAUCCACUGCGACCUAAAGCCAAAACAUAUCUUCCUGGAUAGCGGAGGCCAGCUGAAGAUCGCGGGGUUCGGAGUGACAAGGAUGUCCAAGGUCGGGACCGACAAGGUGAGGUUGAUCUACCAUGGCGCUCUCGUCGACAGCUUCAGCUACCACACCGCGCCUGAGCUGUACAGGAACGACGCGUUCGACUCGAGUGUGGACUCCUACUCCUUCGGCUUCAUCCUCUACGAGAUGGUCGAAGGGUCGGUAAGAGCGCCGGAGGAUUCAGGGCACUCGAUCCGGUUCGAGGGACUGCGGCCAUCCCUCAAGGGCAGGCUCAAGGGCUAUCCUCCCGACUUCAAAGCGCUGGUGGAGGAAUGCUGGCACCCGCAAGCCAUGGCGCGGCCGACGUUCUCGGAGAUCAUCAUCCGGCUCGACAAGAUCUACGCCCACUUCGACAAGCAUGGGAGCUGGAAGGACUCGCUCAAGCUUUGGAAAUGAUCGAUGGCAUGGCCUGCACUGCACGCCGCCUUCUUUGUGUACAUACAUACCGCGCUGCAAACGCGUCUCUUUCCCGGGGAAGAUUGAGUACUGGUUGUACCUUGUAUAAGGUGGAGACUGGAGAAUCAUGUGGCAUGGUGAUUGGUUUUUUGUUUUUUGCUACGAAUUGUAACAGAUUGUGAGUAAAAUUGGGCAGAACAACACGUAUACGUCCCCCCCCCCCCCCCCCCCCCCCCUGCAGUGUCAAAAAAAGAAUGCACAUUUGCUGUUGUUUUUUCUGCUGGAGUCGUACAUACAAAAGCAAACUGUAAGAGAUAUCACCAAAUUUGGCUAACUCUUUACAAACAA